UCGGUGGUUGGUGAAUAUAUUGAUUGUACCUACCAUGAACCGCUGGUUGGCAUUAGCCUGCAUCCUGGGCUCGCUCAGUGGGGCGUACUCGUUCUAUUCACCUAUUACGGUGGGAUCCAAUGGUCUGAUAACGAUUGCCAACAGUCUAAAAUCCAUAUCCACCGUGGUGGCCAACUAUUAUACUGCCUUAAACACAGCUCGCACAAAGAUAUUUGUUGGAUUGAACGAUCUGUUGGGUUACGCAAAUAUUACGUACGGCGCACUCAACAAAACUUAUGGUGACAGUCAGCCCAAUAUGUUGAGCAUGGUUCAAAGUGUGGGGUAUUUGAACACGACGGUGUCAUAUGGUGACCAGUCAGUCACUUCAUACAUCUCCCAAGAUUUGAACCAGCUGAGCAAUUCACUGAAGCAGGGAAUUGAUAAUAUUAUGCAGACAUAUUCAAAUCUACAAUCGGCAUCCUCGUACGCGCCAUAUGCCGAGAACUGCACAAUCCGCAAUGCUACCCAAAUGGCGAAUUUUGCUACUUCUCUAACGAAGUUGGGCACAUGCUUGCAAGUUGAAUCCGAUCAGGCUACGGCUCUCGUUCCAGUAGUUUUGGGCACGAUUGCCGUACUGAAAAGUGAUUUGAUAGCACUCAACAACCAGCUGAAGAUUUGCAACCCAGCCUCUACUAAAUGUAUCAAUCAGUACUUUAGUGAUAUUUGGAUGGAAUGGAAUACCUUCCAGCAGAAUUUGUACCUUGUCCAAACGAUAAUUUAUUCACCACAGCAAUUUGCUUACCAGCGCAACAGUGUAUGUGGUCAGCUGACUAUUGCCGAUAUUCAGGACGAUUUAUAUGAUCUGCAAAAUACUUUCGGGGCGUGCUCUUACCCACAGUCGUAAGUUGUGAAAGUGUAAAUAAGUUAGUGAAACUUCAAUAAAACAAAAACUUUUCUUGGUAA